ACCAGAGAGAUAGGGCCCUUGGUCCUCGUGACAAAUGGAUGCGGUGCAUCUAAUGUUUAGGGCCCGGCUGACGCCAAAACGGCUUGCUUUUAAAGGGUGCGAGGUUAGGGGGUGCGCCGGUUUAGGCGUUUUGCAAGGCCCGACGCGCGCCGGGGGAGUCGAGAACUGAGCAAAGCGGUAGAAGAUGACGAAGUCGGGAACGGAGCGAAAGAGGGUCCGGCGAGCCCCGGUCGGCGGCAUCGCGGAGACCCCCCCCAAGAAGUCAGCUACAAAAAAAGAUGUGUUUCAGUUGUUUGCUGAGAAGGUUAGAGAUAACAAGCAACUUGAGUCCAGGUGGGCUAUUUUGCGAGAAACAAGGUUCGAGUAUUUUAGAGGGAAGGAUUUCGCUGUUUUCUUGAGAAAUCAUUCAGAAGUUAAGGAAAUUUUAGGAUCAGAUAAAGACCUAGAGGCAGAGGAUAUUACUAAUAUAUUACUACAGAAAAACCUCAUUGUAAGAUGUGAUCGUGUGGUGAAAACUGUUAGGCCUGGGAAGAAAAAGUUAUCAUCAUGGCCUGCUCAUUUGGAGAUUCAUCCUGAGCAAGUUUUCUCAGAAAAUGAUGCUUUUUUUGCAUGGACAUUUAUGAAAAGACAGACACUAUGGCAGACAAUUAUUUCCUUCCUUUGGCCUCUGGUGGCAUUAGCAGUGUGCCUGUUUCCUGUUUAUCCUUAUCGAUGCAAGAUAGUUGUUCUCUAUUCAUGUGCUGGUGCUCUACUACUUUUAGUAAGCCUGAUUUUAUUUAGAGCUGCAGUCUUUGGAGCUCUAUAUGUCCUCCUUGGAAAGCGUAUCUGGUUUUUCCCCAAUAUCAAUGCUGAGGAAACGACAUUUAGAGAGUUGAUCCAGUUUUGGCCUCAGAAAGAUGAAGGGGAACCGCCAAAAUGGACAUCACGGCUUACUUAUGCUGUUGCUGCUGUGCUGAUCAUAGUUUUGCUACGGCGCCAUGCACCUGAUGAGGCUGCUAGAGCCAGGUAUCAAAAGAAGGUUUCAAACAUUAUUGAUGAUGUCCUUGAGUGGUCCCCAACUUUGGCAUUAUCAGGGAUGAUGGACAGACAACAGCCUGUCGUUAAUGCAACAGAGACUAAACAUCCUACAGAUGGAAGUAGAUCAUCUGCAGAAGAAGAGCCAUAUGUUGAUAUGAAUAGGGAAGCUAACUCAGAUGGAGUUGAUGAUGAAAGUACUUUUGAUGAUGAGGCUGAUCAUUCUAAACAUGAUAGCUGAACGGAGAGAUUCUACCCUAUUGCCUCAUUGUUGUCUUUGUUUAUUUGAUUUUAGAAUCGUGUUGACCAUUAGAACUUAAAAGUCCACUCUUCCCCCCUUUGAUUGGUAAGAUGGUUAUUUGCGCUACCAACAUUGACAGAUUAGAGCAUCGAGAUGCUGGGCGAUGCUACAUAUCACUGCGUUGGCCGGUUGUAUUCCGUGCUUUGCUGGAGAAAGUGAGACAUGGUUUGAACCUUCCUAUAAAAGAAGACACUGGUUUCAGAUCUCUGUCCAUAUUUUCCGGGGGUAACCAAACAGCCUGCUGAUUGAGGCUCUGUGCUCUUCAAGGAACGCCUUAUUUUGUUUGCGACUCCAUCGGCGGAUCUCAUAGUUUCAUGCAUAAAAUUGGUGCUGCAUCUGUACUUCCAUAACAAACAUAUCAUGGCGGUAGUUGGCAGUGUGGAAUAUUUAGAAGAUACAGUUUAUAAGGUUUCCCUGCGGACUUGUUUGAUAAGUAGUUUCGAGUCCAUUUUUAGGUGCGGCAUGAACACUUUAAUAACUGUUGAUGGAGUAUAGCUGCAGCUUCAUAGAAAAUGGUAUUUUGGCGGUCUUAGAAGCUC